AUGACCGCCCGGCCCGAAACCCGCUCCCGGACCCGAACACGCGCCGCCCGCCGCACCUCCCCCUGCUGCCGCCACCCCGACGAGCCCGCCACCGGCAUCUGCGCCUCGUGCCUCCGCGAACGCCUCUCCAGUCUCGACCUCGUCGCCGCCGUAGGUGCCCCCAGUGCGCCGUCGCCGGAGCUCCGGCGAUGCAGGUCCGUGGUCACCUUCCCCAAAUUCGAGGGUUCUACCAGCGGCAGGAACGAGCCGCGCCGCAAAUCGUGCGAGGCCGCCUCGGAUCGGAGCUCCCUGUGCACUCUCUUCGACGUGGACGAUUUGAGGAGCGGAUCGGAAGAGGGCGAAGCCAGAGUUGAAUCGAAGAAUGUGGGGAAACAUGCGGGGUUCUCGAAAGCCGCCUCCGCCGCGAUCGAGCUGGAGAACAACAAUGGUGACGAGAUUAGGGUUUCGAGUCACAAAUUGGGGGAAUCCAGCGCCGACGGCGCUGAUGGCGAUGGGGAUAUCCAAGGAAGAGAUUUCAAGACGAUGAAAGAGUACAUAGAUCUCGAAUUCCAAAACAAGGCCAAGAAAUCCAAGGAUUUGAGAGAUAAAAUUACUGGAAAUCUCUUGGGCGCAGCCUCUGUUUUCACCAGGAGACUAUUAAGCUGGAGACAGAACAAUAAUACCAAUCAGGUGAAGAAUCAGAAAAACCACAUGGAAGGGAGAAAAUCAGGGAAUGCUCGAAAUCCCGAGAUCUCGUUCGAUGAACCACGGGCUUCGUGGGAUGAGUACAUGAUAGCCCGAACUAUUCCUAGGUUGGCUCCCAUGUUGUCUGUAGUCGAGCACGGCAUUUUAGGGGGCACCAACAAGUUCGAGAGCCACAGGCUGUCGGUAGAUGGGCCAAUGCACUCGAUUGUCGAGGAUGAGAGCACUUCUGGGGCCUCGGGCUCCGGACACUCGAAUUCAGAUUCGUCUUUCACAAUGAGACGGAGCAGUUUCGACCAGUCGAGCUCUGUCCGGAGUUUCGGGAAGAAACCAUCGGGCUCGGAGGAUCACGAUAAUGUAAAGCUGGUGAUCACCGAGAAGGAGCUCAAAGACUGGCGAUUGAACGACGGGCUGGAAAAUGUUGGGCCCGUUUACGGUAAUGGAAAUAUAAAUGCUGCUAAUAUUGAAAAUGCUGCGAAAAAAUCAGUUGGUUGGCGUAAGGCUUGUUAUGCCUUUGGUUUUGGUCGAAAGUGUAGUGACAAUCACAAUAAGCAUAGUGACAAUCACAAUAAGCAUGGAGGCCCGGGAGGACACAUGGUGGUGGGCCCAUCUUUCUAUGAUACUAGAGAAGUUGGGCCCCUGAGGGAAUGUGUUCCUAGGCUUGCACGUAGCGUAAGUGUUGUGGGCCCUAGGAAUUCGUGCGAUUCAGCGGAGUCAAAUUGCCGGAGAAGUGUAGAUGGUGGCCGUGGAUUCUAUGGUUUGAAUGGGAUUGAGGGUUUUGAACUAGAAAAGGAUGCGGAAUUUGGUAAUAGGUGUUGUUCGGAUGGCGUUGGUGUUGGCAUAAAGCCAUUCUACAUGACCCCUUUGAGGAGCUUGAAGCAUAGCAAGUCUAGGAAGUUGAAGCUAUAG